AUGAAUUGCAGGAAAAAUGAACUGGACCACAUGCAAACCCUCAAUGGUAAUACUCUCCAAGAAAAACUCUUGCUGGUCUGUGCUGAACUGACCAUUUUGAGUCCGUUCAGGACGGACCAACAAGAGGUCCGUGCUGAACGGACUCAAAAUGGUCCGUUUCUGAACGGACCAACAGUUGUGCCGACCACGGAAGCUAGGAAAGCUGAUGAUGUUGACGGCGUCGCAUCGGCUACUGAUGUUCAGAAGAAGGUGAAGAGAUUCGAGCGCUUUGGAAUGCCUGUCCAGCUCUCUGAAGAAGAGAAACGCAAUUCUCGUGUUGAUAGCGCCCUCGUUUUCUCUCCCUCCUCAACAGUGGUGUUGGUGUGGCUGUGGCUAUGGUACUUUUUGAUUCAAUUUUUUGGUGGUGUUUGCGUUGUCGUGGCGGUUUGUGGUGUGAUUUGGGUGGUAGUGGUGGCGGUUUGUGGUGCCACAAAGCUGCCAUCUGAGCUAACGCCAGCAACAGUGAUUUGGGAUGGUUUUUACAAGUGGGGCAAAUAUUAUGCAGAAUUUGCAAAGAUUUUGACCAGGGAUGCUCUUCAAUUUGUGGCUGAUUUGCAGAGGGAAUUUAGGAACCAUAUUAAGUAUGCUUUGGAGUGCAGAAAGGAGGCUAAGAUGAGAUACAAUAAUGGGGGAUUGCCGGGGUUUGAUCCGGCCACUAAAUACAUAAGGGAAGAGGAAUGGGUUUGUGCCGCUGUGCCGCCGGCGGUGGCUGAUCGAAGGGUGGAAAUUACUGGGCCGGUGGAGAGGAAGAUGAUCAUCAAUGCUCUCAACUCUGGAGCCAAAGUUUUCAUGACUACGGAGGCUGGGAAAGCCGAUGAUGUUGACGACGCCACAUCAGCUACUGAUGUUCAGAAGAAGGUGAAGAGAGCUGAGCGCUUUGGAAUGCCUGUCCAACUCUCUGAAGAAGAGAAACGCAAUUCUCGUGCUGAUAGGUGUUCUAAUUCACUAUAA